AUAUAUAUAAAUGGAUAAUCAAAGUACAAACUCAGUUGAACAUGAUUACACGGAAAUAGUUCAAAGGUUGUCAAGAAAGCAGAAAUGGGCAUAUGGAGUUGGACACGUCCUCAACGAUGUCUGUGCUUCUAUGUGGUUCACCUACUUGAUUGUAUUUUUUCAUUUUGUCCUGGGAUUCAAUCCAAUUUUAUCAGGAGUAGUUUUAUUAAUUGGUCAAAUUGCGGAUGCAGUUUCUACGCCGUUUAUUGGACUACAGUCAGAUAAAAAUGACGACUUCUGGUUGUGUAGAUAUGGUCGAAGAAAAACUUGGCAUUUGAUAGGAACAAUAUGUGUGGUGUUCAGUUUUCCAUUUAUAUUUUCACGCUGCAUAAAUUGUUACCAAGCUGAUCAGUGGGCACAAAUAAUCUAUUACUCAUCUUUUAUCAUAAUUUUCCAGUUUGGCUGGGCAGCUGUACAAAUUUCACAUUUAUCAAUGAUUCCCGAUUUGACACCCACUGAACACGAAAGAACAGAGCUUACGGCAAUUAGAUAUACAUUUACUGUUUUUUCAAACGUUUUUGUCUACGGAAUAACUUGGGCAGUAUUACAUAUUUCUAGUGAUGAUUUAAGCAAUCAAAUUGGCCCAAAAGAUGUCUAUAAAUUCCAACAUAUUGUUCUAAUUGGAAUGGCUGUUGGUAUUAUAGCUUCAAUUACUUUCCAUUCAAUAAUCCAAGAAACUCCUCAUGAUUCUACUGGUCCAAUAAGAAGAAAUCUAAGACCUGCAUCAUCAUUUUUAAGAGACAUAAAAUUUUAUCAAGUAGCUGUCGUGUAUAUGACUACAAGACUUUUCGUAAAUAUAUCACAAAUUUACGUACCUCUGUACUUACAUGAUACUUUAAAAAUGCCUGCGACGUCUUUGGCAAUAAUACCCUUGAUAAUGUACCUCAGUAGUUUUAAAGUAUCUCUGAUAAUAGAAAAAAUUAACACUAAGUUUGGUCGAAAGAAUUCUUAUGCUCUGGGAGUAUUGAUGGGAAUCUGUGCUUGCGUGUGGAUAUGGUUUGGUCAAGGACCAAAUUUUGUUAGAUUAUAUAUUUAUCCUGUAUCCUUACUUCUAGGUUCAAGUGGGUCUAUUAUGUUAGUGACGAGUCUUGGAGUGACUGCAGAUUUAAUUGGACCAAACACUGAAAGUGGAGCCUUUGUUUAUGGUGCUAUGAGUUUUACUGAUAAACUCAGUAAUGGAUUCGUUGUUAUGGCAAUUCAAUACACAAUACAUAAAAUAAAUACGCCCAAUUAUUAUCGAGACGUAUUAAGUUUAGUCUGUGGUGGAUCUGCGAUUAUAGGACUUUUAAUGUUGUUGUCUAUUAGAUCUAUAAGGAGUCAAAUUGACGAUGGAAGACAGUAUCGGAAUAUUCAAUCAGAAGAAACAUUCGAACCCAGUGAAGCUGACUCGCGAGUCAUUGUUGAUAAUACAUAA